GUCUCAACGAUUUAUGAGAAAACAUCGUGUCGUUCAAAAUCAUCAUCAUCAUCUCCGCUAAACGUACGUCGAAUAAUCGCCGGAGCUGGACUCGCCACCAGUUUUUAACCGUGCUCGUCUCGCCAAUGGCGAAAUCUCUACAGUUGACCAGACUAAUGUCAUCUUCAGCAAUAAUGGCUCUGUCUUCUCAUUUCCCCUUCUCAAUCAAACCUCGAAACAUCCAUAAACCCUACUUCCUCUCCUCCUCCUCCUCCACUCUGUACCCACUCCAAUACGACAUGAUCAUCAACCGCCCUACGCAGUCUUCCCUCUCCCAACCCCGACGACCUCGCGCCGCCAUCGAAUCCACCUCCUCCUCCUCCUCCUCCCCGGACCCGGAUUUCGAUUCCUGGGUGGAUAACAAACUAGAAUCGGAGCGCGAGAAGGGCCGAGGAGAAGAUCCGGAGAUGGACAAGGAGAAGAGGAAGUACUACAGCAAGAGGAGUAAGAGGCUGUACGGAUCCGACUCCGACGAAGAGGGGAGGAAGAAAUCGUGGGAAGAGGGGUUCGUGGAGUUGAAGCCUGAAGUGGUGGAGUUUGAUAGGUUGCAUCAGAGGGAAGAGGAGCUGUAUUUCUACGACGCGUUUGCGUAUCCGUGGGAGAAGGAUAAGCAUUAUAAGAUGGUGUAUCAGCUGGAGAAGAAGUAUUUUCCUGAUCAGUGUUUGGAUAAGGCUUUCUUGCAGCCUGGAGAUGCUCCCUCCGGGGGAGUUAGUGGGAAGAAGAGGAAUGUAGCAGCAGCAGCACAUGGUGGUGGUGGGAAGAAAAAGGAUUGUGAUGAUGAAAAGUUGGUGUUUUUUGAUGAUCAAGUGGUGAAGGAGAAGGUGGUGGUAGAGGAGAGUGUUACUGAGAAGAAAGUUGAACAGUUUUUCAAGGGUUUGAAGUCAAAUAAUGAGAGAGCUGUGGCUAGUGGUGGUGGUGGUGGUGGUGAUGGAGAGCCUUUCCUUGUGACGAGAAACGGUGAGCUUCCUCCUAGAUGGGAUGCUCCUAAUGGUACAGUGGUUUUGGUGAACAAACCCAAAGGAUGGACUUCCUUCACCGUUUGUGGUAAGCUAAGACGAAUAGUCAAAGUGAAAAAGGUUGGUCACGCUGGAACGCUUGAUCCCAUGGCUACUGGUCUCUUAAUUGUCUGCGUUGGUAAAGCCACCAAGGUGGUUGACAGAUACCAAGGGAUGAUCAAAGGUUACAGUGGAGUUUUUCGUCUCGGUGAAGCCACUUCAACUUUAGACGCCGACUCUCCUGUGAUUCAACGAGAGCCUUGGGAGCAUAUUAAAGACGAUGACAUUAAGAAAGCUUUGACAUCUUUUCUCGGCGAGAUAUGGCAAGUCCCUCCAAUGUUCUCAGCUAUUAAAGUUGGAGGUGAGAAGAUGUAUGACAAGGCAAGACGAGGAGAAACCGUAGAGCUUUCUCCCAGACGAAUCUCGAUUUUCCAGUUUGACAUCGAACGUAGUUUAGAUGACAGACAGAAUCUGAUUUUUCGAGUUGUAUGCUCCAAGGGUACAUACAUAAGAUCUCUCUGUGCAGACCUUGCUAAAGCUCUUGGAAGUUGUGCUCACCUCACUGCUCUCCGGCGAGAUUCAAUCGGUGAAUACUCUGCUAACGAUGCUUGGGAAUUCAAUGAGCUGGAAGCAGCAAUUACCAAAAACUACUUCUAGAAGAACACCAAGGCUUUGAUAGAUGCUUCCAUAAAUGAGUAGAAGAGGAUUCUUGGUGUGACAAACAGAGGCUUACAUAGAUCAUUUGUUUGUUCUUUUAAACGCUUACAUUAUUGGCAAAGAGUCUAUCUAUCUAAGACCCUUAUCUUCA